AUGAGAGGAAUUUAAGAAUAAGAGGAAAAAGAAAUUAAAAUAAAGUUGCAUGGAAUAAAUAUAAGAUCUUAUCUUGAUAUAGCUUUAAAAUAACCUUCUUCUGCUAUCGUAGCUGAAUAGGAUGAGCUAGAAAUAGACUUCAAUACUUCUAAAUAGCCUACACUCAAAUAACUUUAAUUAUAGAAUAAAUCAUUUUAAAAGCAGUCUUAAUCAGAUAGUCUAAUCCAAAAAUAUAAACCAGAAUUAGAAGAUAGUCUUUAGCAGUUUUCAGGUCAAAAUAAAGAUUAAUCAUAGUAGAUUUAAGGUGAUUUAGAUGAAGAAUUAAAAGUAAAAAAAGUUAAGAUUUAAGAAACUCUAUUAAAUAAAAACCUAGAAUAUAAUUUAUUUAAUGACAAAAAAAUAAGCUAGAUGAAUACUAAGAAUAGUGAACAAUCAAAAAAACAUCCCUUUGUUCAACCCAGAAAAUAAAAUUAGAAUUCUGAUCAAUGCACUUAUACUAUAGCAGCUUGGAUUUUCGAAAUGGUUUUGCAAAUGAAUACAGCAACAUACCACGAAGGUGAUUUCAUUACUGAUAGAAAAACUAUUUUUAGAAUAUAUGUAAAAGAAUAUUUUAUUUUUGAAGUGUUGCCUUUAUUAUUUGAAGGAAAAACUUCAUCUAAUCCAACAAUAAACAUUUUGUUGCAUCUUCCUCUUCUUCUAAAACUGAAAGGAAUGUCGAUAAUUUUAAUUCAUUUGAUGGCAUGUUCAUAUGCUACUUUAGGUAAUUUUGAGAGAAAUAUAUUACAAACUCAAGAAAAUUGGAUUGAUUUAGGUAAAAUACAAAGUCCUGGUUAUUGCUGGUGGACUAUUUAUAUUGAAGCAUAGCUUUGGGCUUUUUAUACUCUAAGCAAUUCUUAUUCAAGUUCUGUCGUCACAAAGUACGAAUACGCUUUUACAUCUUUUUGGAUGCUCAUAUCGUGCGUGGUUUUUGCUUACAAUAUAAUUACUUUGGGAAAAAUAUUUUAAGAUAUCAACUCCGCAAAAGAGAACUAUCAAAAAGACCUGAAUUUGUUGAACAGAUUUAUGAAAAGAAAAAAGAUAGAUCUUGAAUUCUAAAGAGCAAUCAACUCUCACUUGAUAAAACAAUAUGAAUAAGAAAUUUCUUCUCAAUUUGAAGCAGAAAAACAAACUUUGUAAAAACUUAGUCCUCAUAUGAGAAAUAAGUUGAUCAUGGAAUCAAACAAGGGUAUAAUUACCUAAUUCUCUAUUUUUAACAAUCUAUCCUAGUAGACCAUAUAUAAUAUAUACCAAAUAAUGGAAGAAGAAUGUUAUUCAGAGGGUUAGGAAAUGGAAAUUAUCAAAAUCUAUCUCGAUCAAAUUUUGAGUAAGAAGACUGAUUCAAAUAAAAAUCAUUAAAUUUAAUCUAUUCUUAAAAAUAAUAAAAAAAGGAGCUUAAAAUAUAUGAAUGCAUAUGAUAAGGGAUCAUAAAUUCAAUAAUAUGAAAAAUCCAUUUGUUUUUUGAAAGAAGGACGUUUGUUGGGAGAAUAUGAAUUUUUUUCAAAUAUUUCAUAUCCUUAUAAAUAGAGCUUCUAAAAAAUUAAUGCUUAAUUUGUAAAUAAAUAGAUCAUCAUUUUAUAAGCUGCCCUUAAACUCAUUUAUUUAAGUCUAUUUACUUUAUUGCAACCAAAAGUAACUUUUCAAGGAGUUAAAAAGAGUCAAAGAUUAAUUAUUGAUAUCCCAACUCAGCAAAUAAUUUCAAGUGGUGAAGAAGAUGAAAAUGAUAGCAAUAAAGUUGAGCAAGAAUUUGUGCAUUUUUAAUCACAGCUAAAUCCUGUAUUUGAAGAAGACACAUCUAUUUUUUUAUAAAAUAAUAAAAAUAGCUCUUAUAAAACAUAUAAUAAAUAAAAAUAUAAUAAAGAAGAAUCUAAAACAGAGCUAUCAGAAUCUUAAGAGUCAAAUAUUUAAGGUGAAAAUACAUUUGAAUAAACUAAGAAUUUUCCCUCUAAUAUACUUAAUAAAAGAUAAAGUUAUAAGACAAGGAUAAGCUUAAUAAAAUAACAAAGAAAAAGUUUUGAAAAAUAAGAAGACUUAACCAGUAACCAUGAUAAAAUAGAUUAGAAUUAAAAAAAACCAUAUCAAGAAGAAAAGUCAUUAACACUAAAUAUAGAUGAAAAAAUUUUAAAUAUGAAUAGUAGUUCAAAAAAUACAUCUGAAUUAAGCUAAUAUUCAACAUUAUAACCAUCGAAUUCCCUUAAGCAUGAUUAAAGCUUGAAAUCAAUGAACAGCCAAUAAACCAUGAAAAAAUAAAGUUAAUUUUAAAAACAUUUAACUUACUUAGAAAGUAUUAGAGAAAUAGAAUCUCACCAUCAAAUUUACAAUCCAAAUAAAAAAUCUGAAUUAAGUUGUGAUAAUAUUUGUAUAGGAAAUGGUUUUGCCCCAUUAAAUACUAUAUAAAGUGGGUAACUAAGUUGCAAUAAAUUCCACGAUUAGUAGUGUUCAUAAUAGAAAAUUAACAAUCAACACUCAAAAAAAAUUUGGAAUGAAUCUAAUUUAUAUUGGGAUUUUGAUAAAAUUGAAAAUUUCAUUUACUUCUUUCCUUAAUUUAAUUACAAAAAUGUCUUAAAAAACAUAAAAUCACUCAAAGAUAAAAAAAACAGUGCUAAACAAUAUAAAUAUAAUCUUCAAAUUUAACUCAACAUGUUUCUAAAAAUCAAAAUGAGAGGAUUUUAAGAAGUUGAAAAAUAAAUAAAAAUUAAGUUAUCUGGUUAAAAUAAAAGAUCAUAUCUUGAUAUUGCUUAAAAGCUGCCGUCUUCGACUCUAAUGGUUGAUUAGGAUGAUUAAGAAUCAAAAAAUAAUUAGUCUAGAUUACCUACUCAACUAAAACUCUAGUUGAUAAGAGUGCUCUAAGCAAAAUAAGCAGCCUUAAUUAGAUAGAAAGUAAAAAGGAAAAUUAGUGGCACAUUAGCGCUGAAGAGAAAUAUGAAUUUGCAGAAAUCUCUAAAAUUAAUGAGAAUCAAGGGAACAGAAGCUGGUAGUCAUCUCCUUAGUCGAGAAGCUAAAGCAAAUAACCAUAAUAGGUAGAAAAAACAUUCUAUGCACAUCAAAUAAAGAGAGAAAAAAAGUUUACUAACUUCUGCUCAGAAAUCCGAAUUUUUACAUUCAAAAAUAAAGAAUUAUAUAGUAGAUUUCAUUAAUAAAUUUACACUAUUUGGGAGAUUUAAGCAAAUGAAAGAAAAAAGUCGGUAGCUAUUAGGUGAUUUAUCAGAUAAAUAUACUUAUAUGGCAUAAAACAAAAAAUAUUGCUCUAUUUAUAACUUACUUUGGAUUUUCUUGCAAUUUUUAAAAAAACUAGAAAAAUUUAUCAUUCUCAUUUUCGAAAAUUUACCUUUAUUCAAUCCAGAAAAUAAAUUAAGAAUUUGUGUCAAUGGACUCAUAGCUUGCUACAAUUGCUUUUAUUUAUUUACUAUUUCUUUGACUUUAUUUUUCUAAGCUGAGUUUUAAGACUACCAUAAUUUAUUUCAUUAAAUUGCAAUAGCCGCUUGGGUAUUAGAAAUGUUUUUGCAAAUGAACACUGCAACAUACCAUGAGGGUGAUUUUAUCACUGAUAGAAAAACUAUUUUUAGAAUAUAUGUCAAAGAAUAUUUCUUUUUUGAAGUAUUACCAUUAAUUUUCGAAGGAAAGACUUCUUCAAAUGCUGCAAUUAAUGUUUUAUUACAUCUACCACUUCUCCUUAAACUCAAAGUUCAUUUUAUGGCAUGCUCAUAUGCAACAUUGGCAUAUUUUGAAAAUCAUGUUUUAUAAAUUGAAGAAACUUGGAUUAAUUUAGGAAAAAUCUAAAAGCCAGAUUCUUAUUGGUGGACUAACUAUUUAGAAGCUCAACUUUGGGCUUUUUACACACUGAGCAGUUCUUAUUCAAGCUCUGUGUUCUCACAGUACGAAUAUGCAUUUACUUCCUUCUGGAUGCUUAUUUCUUAUGUAUUUUAUGCAUAUAAUCUUAUGGUUUUGAGGGGUAUCUUAUUAGAAAUGAAUUCUGCUAAAGAAAAUUAUAAAAAAGACCUUAAUUUACUAAAUAGAUAUAUGAAAAGGAAGAAGAUUGAUUUAGAGCUGUAAAGAGCCAUCAAUUCACAUGUUGUAAAGUAAUACGAAUAAGAAGCUUAAACUCAGUUUGAAGCAGAAAAAGAUGCUUUGAAAAAGCUAAGUCCUCAUAUGAGAAAUAAACUAGUAAUGGAAUCGAAUAAGAACAUUGCUACUAUAUUUCCAUUUUUUGAAAAUUUAUCAUCAUAAACAAUUUUAAACUUAUACUAAAUAAUGGAGGAAGAAUGUCAUGCAGAGGGUCAAGAUAUUUAGAUAUUUGAUAAAAACACUUAAGAAUAUUUUGUUUUUUUAAUUCUUUCAGGGAGAGUUGAAAUCUUAUAAACUAUUGAGGGACAUCCGCUAGAAUCCAUUUCUUCUAUUUACGAGCCAAAAAAUAUGAAUAUAGAAGAUAAAUUUAAAAAGAGUGCAACAGUGCAGUUGCAUUAAAAAUCUGUUUGUUAUUUGAAAGAAGGAUAAAUAUUUGGUGAAUAUGAAUUUUUUACAAAAACUGAAUUGCCAUAUGUGAUAAAAUAAUUAUCUACAUAAUAAAUUUUAUCUAAUAAUGAUGAUAUCGAAAUAGGAACUGGCUUUACUCAAUCGCAACUUUCACCUAUAAAGGAUGAUGAAACAUCUAUUUUUAAACAAUAAAACAAUUAAGCUACUAAUUAAAAUUCGACAAAUAAAUUUAAAUUUUCUAAAGAAGAAUCCAAAUCAGAAUAAUCUGAUUCUUAAGAAUAAGAGAGUUAGGCAAAAGAAAAAGCAAAUGAUGAAGUGUUAUCUUAAAUUAAGAACGUACUGUCUAAUUUGGGUACUAAAAGAUCUAGUAUUAUAUCUAAUAUCAGCAUUAUGAGGCAGUAAGCAAGGAAUAUUGAAAGAUAAGACUCCAAUAUAAAUUAAGAAAGAAUGGAUUUAUUAAAAAAAUAGUCAGUUAAUGAAGAAAAGCUCACAACCUAAAAUACAGAUGAAAGAAAUGUUAGCAAUCAUUUAAAUAAUAGCUAAAAUAAUUUAUCAGAACAUAAUCCAAGCCAGACAAUGCUAUAUCCUAUACCUUAAUCAUAAUUUAACAAGAGUGGUAAUUAAUUACCUAGUUUAUAAGUUAUUAAAAAACAAAAUUAAUAUCAACACUAAAUUUAUUUGGAAAGCAUUCCAGAACUAGAUGUAAAACACAAUAUUCAAUAAGAUUAAUAUAGACACUCUAAUUUAAGCUAAAAUACUAUAUUCAGAGGAAAUUCAUUAAUACCUUUAAAUACAGCUUAAGCAAAAAGAUACAGUAUUAGCAAAAAUCGUAACUCGUUAAAUUUGAAUUCACCUUUGAAAUUCGAUGAAGGAGUCUUCAAAUUAAUUUGGAAUAGAUCUAACUUAUAUUGGGAAUUUGAUAAAUUAGCAAACUUCAUAUAUUUCUUUCCUUAAUAUAACAUUAAAAAUGUUUUAAAGAACACUAAAAGUUUAUAUAUUAAUUUAGUUAAAAUAUUAUACUGA